CUGGGAGCGACCGUUUGGAAACGGCCGUUUGGAAACGGUUGUGGCGGUUGCUCUCCCCUCUUUCCGUGUCCUGAACUGUGCGUGUCUCGGCCGCAGCAUCAGCUUGAGAUASUGCUAUGGCUACCGCAGUGAACUUGGAACUUGAUCCCAUAUUCUUGAAAGCUUUAGGCUUCUUGCAUUCCAAGAGCAAGGAUUCUGCAGAAAAGCUAAAAGCACUUCUUGAUGAAUCUUUGGCCAGAGGAACAGACUCAAGCUAUCGUCCUUCUCAGAAGGAAGUAGAGCAACCAAAAGUAUCUGUUACCAAACCUAUUUCCAGUAAGCAAGAACCCAAAGCUGCUUCUAGUUUGCCUUCAGGCAACAAUGGCAAGCCUGCUGUAUUGGAGAAAGUGAAAAAAGAAACAGAAAAGAGAUCUGGUGAUAAAAUGAAAGGGGAAACUGCUGAAGUUGUUGAUGCUCCAAAGAAACCAAGGCUAGAGAAGCAAGAGGCUCGUUCAUCUCCUAUUACGGUUCAGACAAGCAAGGAUUUAUCYGUGCCUGAUUUAUCUAGCUUUGAGGAAACCAGUGCUGAUGACUUUGCCAUGGAAAUGGGUUUGGCCUGUGUUGUUUGCAGGCAAAUGACAGUUGCUUUUGGAAAUCAGUUAGUGGAGUGUCAGGAGUGCCACAAUCUCUACCACCAGGAUUGCCAUAAACCUCAGGUGACAGACAAGGAGGUGAAUGAUCCUCGACUUGUUUGGUAUUGUGCACGCUGUACCAGACAGAUGAAGAGAAUGGCUCAAAAGACCCAAAAAACACCUCAGAAACCAGCUCCUGCUGUGGUUUCAGUUGCACCAGCUGUGAAAGAUCCCUUGGUCAAGAAGCCAGAAAUUAAGUUAAAACUUGAUACCCCACCAGCUUUUCUAGCAUUCAAGAGAACAGAAGUCAAGACCUCRGCAGCAGUUUCAGGGAACUCGUCCAGUACAAGUGUUUCCUCUUCAGCAACCAGCGGCCUUACAGGAUGGGCUGCUUUUGCAGUCAAAACCUCUUCCACUAAUCCCUCUGCUACCAAGCUGGGAUCCGCAGCGCAGAGCGCCAGCGGGAAACCCGCAGCCUCUCCUAAUAGCCAGAAACCCGUGGGCUUGUCGGGGUUGGCAGCUUCCAAACCGGGACAAGGCUCCAAAGCGGCUUCGUCCAACAGCAGCAGCCCCGCGCAGCUGAAGCCRCCGCCGCCGCUGACGCUGGGCAAAGCGCCGCUGAGCCGCUCGGUGAGCAGCGACAACGUGAGCAAGGUGGGUCUCCCCAGCCCGGGCGGCCAGGCGCCCAGCGGGGCCGGCCAGGCGCCCGGCGGCAACGGCGGCGGCGGCGCCAGCAGCGGCGGCAGCGCCAGCAAAGCGGCCGGGGACGCCGCCAACCAGCCGGCCUCCCUCAAAGGCCCCACGUCRCAGGAGUCGCAGCUCAACGCCAUGAAAAGGCUGCAGAUGGUCAAGAAGAAAGCGGCUCAGAAGAAACUCAAGAAGUAACCCUGCUGCUUGGUAACUGUGGUGGUGCUGAUCUGUAAAGCAGUGGUGGCCUCUUAAGGAAAAUUCCACAGCUACCAGAUGGAAACAGCGGUUAAUCUGGGGAAGACCAAAAUCUGUGUUCUACAGGAGGUUAGAUUAACUGAACCUAGCAAUUCUCUGACUUCAAAUCCAAGAACUGAAUACAGAAGAAGAAUAUUCAUURUAACAUGCCUUUUGUUUUUUAGCUCAAAGCUUUGAAACAUGGUAUUGUUAAACUUGGAUUUUUCUACAUAUAAAGAAAAUAUUUAUAUGCAUCCUUAAAUUGGACUUCCAGAACCUGUCAUUCUUAAAUGGCACUGUUAAUAAAAGUGUUAUUAAUCUGGGACAUUGCUGCUUCUCUUUCCU